AAUAAAAAAUAAUAAUAAAAAAAAAAACAGAAAGGAAACUCUCUGAUCCCUCUGAUCUCUCUUUCCCGUCGACCUCGAACCACCCCAACUCCUUAUCGCCUUCAGCAACGAUUAAUAUGAUACUAGCAGUCUUGUUUGCCAAUUCUGAAGGCAACAUUCUUGUUGAACGUUUUAAUGGAGUCCCUGCUGAGGAACGGCUUCAUUGGCGAUCAUUUCUUGUUAAACUGGGGGCAGAUAAUCUCAAGGGUGUAAAGAAUGAAGAGCUCUUGGUUGCUUGCCACAAGUCCGUUUACAUUGUUUACACAGUACUUGGUGAUGUCAGCAUCUUUAUUGUUGGCAAGGAUGAGUAUGAUGAACUUGCUUUGUCAGAAGUGAUCCUUGUAAUCACCUCAGCCGUGAAGGAUGUUUGUGGAAAGCCUCCUACUGAGCGCCUCUUUUUAGACAAGUAUGGAAGGAUUUGCUUGUGUUUGGAUGAAAUUGUAUGGAAGGGAUAUCUGGAGAAUACAGAAAAAGAUAGAAUUAGAAGACUGAUAAGGUUAAAACCUCCAUCGGAGUUCUGAAUCAAACACGGCCCCACUCAUGGUCGGUGAUUACCUGGUCUUAGACAAUAUUGACGUUGAAACUCUUGUGCCUGCAUGUUUCAAGCAUUUUACAGCAGUUUUCAUGUGUUUCGAAAAUGUUGAGAUAGUUAUGUUGGAUUGAUUUCCUAGCAGAUGAAGCAUUGACCUUUAAAGUUAAGAGUAGUGAGUCUUGAUGAACUUUGAAUGAAGUGAUAAUGGUCUCAAUGUUACUCAUUUUACUUCACUUCACAGCUGAAGAAGUCAUUGCACUUGCACCUGAACAUUUUCGUUAUUAAAUGGGGUUGGAAAUAUUGGAGUGGGAUGAGCUUACUAUUAUCUCUUUUUUUUUUUAAUCUUGUGUAUUGUGUGUUGAUAUAGUUUUGAAGCGGAGGAUAAGCUUGUGUAUUGUGUUUA